CUACAAUCAUGACUUUUACUCUCGCCACCAACCAUGUCUACUGAUGAGGAGCCUCUUGACGGUGGAGCCACUGUCAUUGCAGGAUUAGAUGGAGAAUCCUUUCGUCUCCGGUCGUAUCAGGCUGAGAUGGUGGAGGAGAGCCUGAAAGCUAAUAUCAUCGUUGCAAUGGACACUGGAAGUGGCAAAACACACAUAGCUCUUGCACGAGCUGUUGCAGAAUUGGAACUCUGUGAUCCCAACCAACUAGUCUGGUUUCUAGCCCCUACUGUCACUCUGUGUAAUCAACAACUCCAGGCUUUUCAGUCACAUCUUCCUGCUUAUGGAAUCCAAGCACUAACUGGGAACGACGGUGUCGAGCAUUGGAGUGACCAGAAUACUUGGGAUUCGGCGCUAAAGAAUACUCGAAUUGUCCUCUCCACCCAUCAAGUGCUUCUGGAUGCCCUCACCCACGCUUUUAUUACGAUGAACAGGCUUGCUUUGAUAAUAUUUGAUGAGGCUCACCAUUGUUCAAAAAAUCAUCCAGCUAGCCGUAUCAUGUCUCAAUUCUAUAAACCUCUCUUACAAAGGAAUAGAAGUGUUCAUAUUCCAAGGAUUCUUGGCCUGAGCGCGAGUCCAGUCAUGGGUGCAAGAGCAAGCAGCAGUGACCUCGAGAAAAUCGAAGCAAACAUGAAUUCGAUUGCUAAGUCGCCCAAGAUACAUCGAUCAGAACUACUGCGAUUCGUGCACCGUCCAGAGCUCAUCCGAAUUCCAUAUCCUGCGCUUCCUCCUUCGUCUGCGACUUCUACCCUUCUUUCUGCCCUAGAAAAAGCGUACUAUGAGUACGACAUGAAAUCUGAUCCUUAUGUGGCGGAUCUAUUGGAGAAGAAAAUUCAAGGAGUUCAGAGCUCAAUCAGACAAUUGGAUCGAGUUAUCACGGCAAAAAACCCAUACUGUCGACAGCAGCUAAAGACAAUGGUUUCUAAGGGAAAAGCUAUGAUGGAUGAAUUAGGUUCCUCUCCCACAGAAUGGUAUUUACAGCAGUGCAUAUCCAAGUUUCAAAGAACGGCUCAGAGCUCCAGCUAUCAACUCCUGUUAGACUGGUCCAGCCAGGAAAAGCGGCAUCUGUGCGACAUCUUCAAGAGAAUGUCUGUGUCCCAAGAUCCAGAUUCUAUGUCUAUCUCGCUGGAUCACAUUUCCCCAAAAGUCGACGCGCUAGUCGAUGUCCUUGAAUCAGAAGCAAGUCCCGAGUUCACUGGUCUCGUCUUUGUAGAACAACGGGUUUGGGUCUCCGCCUUAGCUGAAAUACUGUCCCUACACCCUCGUACAGCCCCCUUAUUUAACAUUGGCACCUUCGUUGGGACUUCGAUCUCAUCGAAGCGGAAGACGAAUGUAGCCGACCUCGCGGAACCCUUAAACCAACAAAAUACCUUAGAUGAAUUUCGUGCUAGGAGGAUAAACCUCAUUCUUGCAACAAGUGUCCUUGAGGAAGGCAUCGAUGUAUCAAGCUGUCACCUCGUGAUCUGCUUCGAGCGCCCGAAGGAUCUCAAAUCCUUUGUUCAGCGCCGAGGUCGUGCAAGAAAGCAAGAGUCCAAGUACAUUAUUUUUGUUCCCGAGGCUGGCUCUCACCGAUCGCCGGCAACUUGGGAGGCCAUGGAAGAAGAGAUGAAAGCGGCUUACCUCAAUGAUUUGCGAAAAAUCGAAGUUGCCAAAGAAAGGGAACUGUAUCCUGAGGAUAGCUCGCUCUUAUAUCAAGUACCUUCCACUGGUGCUCUUUUGACUCUCGACAAUGCUUCACAACAUCUCCAUCACUUCUGCGCUCUUCUCGGAGCCGGUCCAUACAUCGAUCUACGACCCCAGUUUACACUCGAUGAACUAGCUGAUAGCAGGAUAAUGGCCAAAGUCACUCUUCCCAUAUCAGUUCAUCCCGCUGUCAGAACUGCCAGAAGUUCAGAGAGCUGGUUGACGGAACGGAACGCUAAGAAUGAUGCAGCAUUCCAAGCCUACAAGGCAUUGCAUUUGGCCGGUCUUGUGAAUGACAACCUCCUCCCUUCUCGUGAGAAAGAAGGCGAUGACCACGAAUUUAGCAUACUAGACCACACUCCUUCUGUAGUUGAAGUAUCACCAGCCUUAGAUCCUUGGGUAUCUGUUGCAAAACAGCAGCUUCAGAACCCUCGAGCGUAUCACAGAGUUCUACUCAAGCUUACGGCGAUUGGUGAGCAGUCAUUGCACAUGUUGCUCUUAAUGCCUUACCAGAUGCCCCAAAUUCCUGAUAUCGUGUUACACUGGAAUGAUAAGAAGCGAUACUCAGUAGAAAGCUCUCCGUUCUCGCCAACGAUACUAACUGACGAAGAAAUAACCACCAUGCGCGCCAUCACUCGAAAUCUUCUUCACUCUGCAUUCCCGGGACGGAUGACAGAGGAAAGGGAUGAUUUCUUGUGGCUCUUUGUUCCCAAUGAACCUGGCAGUCGAAUCUUGAACCACGACCGACUUCACCAGUUUAACAUCAGCACUACCGGGCAUCACUCAGCGUCAGAUCUUAUUCAGAAAGGAGACCAUGAAGUUUCGAACUGGGGCUUGGUGAAUCUUCAAGGCGAUGCGAGAAAGUAUAUGCUCAAAAACAUCAGCAAUGGCUUAACGGAUCCCUCCUUAGCAGACAACUUUGGUUCACAAUUGCAAGUGAUUCGUGCUCCUAAACGACGCGACUUCUUGCAUCCACUCUACGGUCAGAAUCCCGAAAACGUGGCCUAUACCAGACUCGAAUGGGUCAAUACUGCAGAUUGCGCUGUCGACAAACUUCCAGCCUCUUACUCAAUCUUUGCAUUAUUCAUACCAUCAAUCCUACACCAGUACGAAAUCUACAUGACCACAGAGAUACUCCGAACAACCUUGCUCAAACCGCUAUCAUUCGACUCCUCUCGUCUCUCCCUCCUCCUCACAGCAACCACAGCCUCCAGCACAAGCGAGUCAGACAACUACCAACGCCUCGAAUUCCUUGGUGACUGCAUCCUUAAAUUCAUUGCAUCGGUGCAUGUCAUGGCCGCGAACCUCACCUGGCCCGAAAGCUGGCUAACCAGCAAGAAAGGUAAAAUCGUCUCCAACGGCUUCCUAGCCCGAGCAACACUAGCAGCUGGCCUCGACAAAUUCAUCAUCACCAAGCAAUUCACGGGCGCGAGGUGGCAGCCGCGAUAUGCGGAAGACGUGUUGAAGCAAGAAGCAUCGAAUGAGAAUAAAUCAAGUUCGAAGCGGCUGGCUGACGUUGUCGAAUCCCUUCUCGGUGCUUCGUAUCUUGAAGGUGGGUUCGACAAGGCGCUGGUAUGUGCGCAGACACUGCUGCCGUUGGAAAACUGGACGCCCAUUCCAGACGCAAAUGCCAUUCUGUUCUCUGCCGCACCAUGUGGAAUCGAGAUCAACAGUCUUUCAACCCUAGAGAAACUCAUUGGAUACACGUUUGUCAAGAAAAUGCUUCUUCUGGAAGCAAUGACACAUGCCUCAUAUACAGGACAGAUCGCUAGUUGCUCAUACGAACGGCUGGAAUUCCUCGGCGAUGCAGUGCUGGAUUAUAUCAUUUCUAAACGACUUUUCGCACACAAACCGGAACUUUCGCAUCAGACGAUGCACUCAAUCCGCGCAUCCCUGGUAAAUGCAGCAUUCCUCGCAUUCCGCAUGUUCGACACUACGGUGUGCGAGGAAAUGACAAACAAGCAAACUUUCGAGCCAGAAACCGUGCAUAGAGCCCUGUGGCAGUUUCUCCGACAUAACAAUCCUCAGCUUCUAGUAUCGCAGGCUAAGGCAAGAGCACAGCAUCAAGAGGCAAGAGAACAGGUUGAAAGGGCGUUGAGACAUGAGAGCAAGUUCCCGUGGCAUAUUUUUGCGCAGCUAGAUGCACCAAAGUCUUUGUCAGAUAUUGUGGAGAGUGUUAUUGGAGCAGUUUAUAUUGAUAGUAAAGGUGAUGUCGAAGCCUGUGAGUACUUUGUUAGAAGGUUGGGGAUUUUGGAGAAUUUGGAUAGGAUUUUGAGAGAUGAAGUUGACUGUUUGCAUCCGAAAGAACGGUUAGGUCAUUUAGCUGUGGAGAAGAGUGUGCAGUAUGUCAACGUCGAUGAAAAUGAGGAUACAGAGGGGGAGGGAAACGCGGAUUUGGAGAACAGGGGGCGGAGGUACAGAUGCCAAGUAAAGAUUGGUGGACAGGAUGUUGGAGGCGUGGUGGAGGGAUUAAAGAAGCUUAAUGCGGAGACCAUCGCGGCAUGGAAGGCGGUGAGGAUUAUUGAAGGGGUGGAUGAUGUAGCGAUGAGCACGUGUAGUGAUGAGGAGUGGCAUGAUGCCGAGGACGGUGGGGGUGUGGCUUUGGAGGAUGAUUGGUAAAUGGACAGGGGGGAAGUAUGAGAGUCUUUGGUAUAGUCUGAAAUUUUGGAGUGUGUUUCUGGCUUCUUGGUAGUGAGAUAAUGAUGAAUUAUGA